GCCCAAUGGGCCAUUGUCGCAUGGCCAGAUUCAAGCUCUUGCUGAGGGGUACCGUGCUGGACAACUGCACCGCCAGGAGCAGGAACUGCAAUGGCUCGGCGCGUUGUGCAUUUUGGCCUUGGUUCUGGCGGUGGCUGAGGAAUCUGCUUUGAGACAAUGCAGAUUGUUCGCGCACCACGCUGUCAAAUCUUGGUUUGCAGAGCCUGCCAUGUUCAAAAUGGUGCACAUUCUCACGAAGAAGGCGGCCAGAAAAGAGGUGCUGGCCUGUGGAAGUGCCUGA